UAAAUUUGAAACAUAAAAAUAUGGAUCUUUCAAAAUUCUAGUUGAUUUAUUGAAAAUAAACAUAAAACAAUUUAAUUACCAUUAGAAAUAGAGAUGUGAAAUUAUUUAUGAGUUUACAAACUUCGUCCGCAGAUCAACGGCGAAGUAAUACGGCCAUCUGACCUCCACAUGUAUCAACAGAAACAACUAUUCCGUCUACAUCGGGCCUUCAAGCAGAGCAAGACAAGGACAGUAUGAGAAAAAAUGACGACGAAACAAAUAACAGCAAAGAGAAAGAAAAUGAGGGCUCAGUAUCAGAUUGGGUAUCGGGAGGACCGAUUGGGUCCAAGGUCGCUGUACUCGUAUUUAGAUCCUGCGUCCUCGCAUCACGAACGCCCUCGAUGGAAUCAACGACGAAAACCGUCGGAAACAAUACAGGGACCACGAUAUUAUUAAACAAAGCAAAGAACAUGGCGAAGAGAUUAGUUGCAGAACCGCAUGCAUUCAGUGUUAGGCCAAAAAAUAUAAUGCACGAUGUGAUGGAAACGUUCGGAAAUAGCAAUAAGUUUACAGGGCAAGCAUAUGUUGUGAGGCACGUUAGUGAAGCUGAGAUGCCUGAGACGAUGUCCAUCGAAGAGCAAGGACAUGAACCGACUGAACACAAGAGAGAUAUCGAAGACGUCCUCAAUGAUCUGAGUAAGAUAACGCUGAAGAAGAAUCUCAACAUCGAAAACACAACUGCCAAUAUCAAACCACCAGAGGAACCACCGCCAACCAAAGAUAUAAAAGAAGAAAAAAAAGGGAAAAAGAGUAAAGGCAAGAACAAACGGAAGAAUUCUCACAUACAAAGGACUUUAUCUCCGACGUUAGAAAGUGACGACUCCGAACAUAUGCUAGUUAAAGACGUCGAUAGCGUCAAGGUACUAGAGAGUUGUCACAUGCCGGCUCGCGUUCUAAAAAUCACUUACAAGCUAGUCAACACGGAGACCAAGUUAUUGCACCGUCUCCUUCAAGCACACGGACUACAAGAAGCCUCGCAGGAUGCAAAGGAUUUUAACCUCAUGUGGGCUGGAUUGCAUCCAAAGCCUGACGUGUUGCGAUCUCUCACGCCUUAUCAACGUGUCAACCAUUUCCCUAGGUCAUAUGAACUAACUCGCAAGGACAAACUCUUCAAGAAUAUCGAGAAGAUGCAAUACUUCCGCGGCCUGAAGCACUUCGACUUCAUACCGACCACGUUCCUGAUGCCUGUCGAGUAUAAGGAGCUUUGCACGACGCAUUACAGGACGAAGGGACCUUGGAUCGUCAAACCGGCUGCUUCUAGUCGAGGUCGGGGUAUUUACAUCGUGAAUACGCCUGAACAAAUACCGAAAGGGGAGAACGUCGUAGUGGCGAAGUAUAUCGACAAACCUCUCCUCAUUGGAGGACACAAGUGCGACCUUCGUCUGUACGUCUGCGUUACGUCUAUAGAUCCUCUGCUGAUCUAUCUCUAUGAGGAAGGACUCGUGAGGUUCGCUACAGUGAAGUACGACAAGACGAAUAAGAACCUCUGGAAUCCGUGCAUGCACCUCUGCAACUACAGCAUCAACAAAUACCACACGGAUUACAUCAAGUGCGACGAUCCCAAUGCUGGUAAUAUCGGCCACAAGUGGACUCUUUCGGCUCUACUCCGCCACCUCCGCAAGCAAGGCCGGAAUACAGCUGCACUGAUGGCUGCCAUCGAAGACCUGGUGGUGAAGUCCAUUCUUUCCUCUGCUCAAACCAUCACAGCCGCUGCGAGGGUAUUCGUACCCAGUCAUUUCAAUUGUUUCGAAUUAUUUGGAUAUGACAUACUCAUAGAUGACAUGCUGAAGCCUUGGUUACUGGAAAUCAACUUGUCGCCUAGCUUGGCUUGCGAAAGUCCACUGGACGCUCGAGUCAAGUCGGCGCUCCUAGCGGACACGUUGACGCUGGUCGGGCUGCCGGCCGUGCCCAUGUCUAAAAACGAGGCGUCGCCACAGAGCAACUCGCUUAGAAUGAGAAUAGGAGCUUGUCGCAGAGUCCACUCGGCGGAGAACACGUGCGUGCGCGGCAAGGCGGCGGCCGGGCCGGCGCCGGGCGCGGCCGGGUCCGGCGGGCCGGGCGGGCCGGGCGGCGCGCUGACGGGCGACGAGCUGCGGCUGGUGCGCGCCGUGCGGGCGCAGUACGCGCGGCGCGGCGGGUUCGUGCGGAUCUUCCCCAGCCAGAACUCGUGGCAGAAGUACGCGCAGUAUCUCGACCCGGUGACGGGCGUGCCCGUGUGCUCCACGUCGCUGAACAACAACGCGCCGUACACGGUGGUGCAGCACAAUUACAACCUGCUGGUACACUCGCACGUGUUGCCUCACUUCCAGCACGCCACCGUCGCCACCAGCCUCACCGACACGCCGCAAAGACUGCAGCGCUACGAGGCGGCGUGCAUCGCGGGCGCGGCGCCGGCCGUGCAGCUGGACGCGCAGCCGCCGCCGCCCGCCGCCGACGCGCGCCGCGCCAAGCACCUCGUCAAGCAGCAGCUCGCCGACGGCCUGCGCCUCACCACCGGCGAGGUCCGUCGCGCCUUCGGCCUGUACCUGACGCACGUGCUGAAGCGCAUCUCGUCGCCGAGCAACGAGCUGGGCGUGCAGCACGCCGCGCUCGUGCUGCGCUUCCUGCGCCGCGCCUCCGCCUCGCUGCGCAUGCCUUACAAUGUAAAGGGUCCCCCGGCGAAGAUGUGCGACAAGGACAGAUGCGCCGUUAUCGCCAAGCAACUCAACGAUUUCCUCUACAUGUACUACCGCGAGACCGACCUCUACACCGACAGUGAGGAUCGCGACGGCUGCGUUUCCAAUAUUCACUUCGCACAAUUCCUCUACUCGGCGAGCGAAGCCGAUUUAGAAGAUGUGUUGUUGCUGCUCUUACGCAUGGAAAAUUAUGUCGCCACAUUCCUGGGCGACGGUCGCGGUAGCGCCUUCUGCAUCGACCUGCCGCCAGAGAAACGUGCGCCGGCCCCCCCGCGACACACGCUGCUGCGACACCUCGCCGCGCUCGCACAUCUCAACUGCAGACGAUACCGACCAGAAACAGAGACAUCGAGCAGGUCAGAGCCCGAGGAACCGGCGUCUACAGAGAGUGUCCCGCCACCGCCCUACACCAGCUCCGAUUUGGUGAUCAAGGAUUCACUCAAGCAGGAAAAACCUCACAACCUGGCCCUUAAGUACGCCAGAUCAUAGCGACGUAAUGCUUACCAUACAAACUUUUACCUAAUAGCCGGGGAAUAUCAAACGUACCAACCGAAUGAGCGUUGACAAUAAAAACUAAACGUUACGCGAAUUAAAAAAAAAAAACAAAAAGGUCUGCCAUUAAUCCGAACCUUCUUUAAUAUGAAUAAUU